AAACGGUCCCCCCGUGUUAUUGUUCCCCGGUGCGCGCAGCAGUCUAUGCCCUGGUUUAUAUCCUUCGCUUCAUGUCAUCUUUUAGAUGUUGUCCAUUAAGCUCAUGCGUACACGUUCAAAACACAGUGGAGUACUCGCGCUUCGUGCUUCUCAGACACGUGGAUUCAAAGCACAGCUGGAAGUGGAUGUAACGUUAGUUUAAACUCGACGUCCGAUCCGUCAUCCAAUUCAGAUGUGAAGGCAAAGCCGUCGACUUGAUUUAUAUGUUGUGAAUCAACUCAGCGGUGAAGGCGAGUAUUUUACGCUAAACAUGGAGUCGGACCAGAGGAGGGACAGCCGGAGUUGGGACUGGGACAGUCCACAGUGCCGAGCCCAGCUGGACGACAUCUUUUUCCGCCGACAUGACUACAUCCAGGCCGGAGGCCCGGAGCACAGGGAGUUCUGGGCUUUUUUUGACCGCUUCCAAAGGUUUAAAACAAAGAAGGACAUGUCCGGGGCCAAAGGGGACGGAGGAGACGGGAGAAAGGCCGCCACUGGCAAGGUGGACCUUGGCCUCCCGAAAGAGUACGAUGCGCGUUACCGCAUCAAUGUGUCCGUGUGCACCAGGGACGUGGAGGAGCGCCUCGGGAAGUCCGAGCACCGAGGCCGGCAGAGGUCCUCCGGCCCGGGCCGCCAGGAGGUCUCCGACUGCCGCCUGGCUCUGCUGCAUUUCCUGGACUUCAGCCAGAGGCAGAGUUUCGGAAAGCUGGCCAAGCUUCGCCGGGAGCAGAAGAACCUCCCCAUCUUCCAGUACCGGGACAGGAUCGUGGACACGGUGCGACGUCACCCCGUGGUUGUGGUGGCAGGGGACACGGGCUGUGGGAAAUCCACCCAAGUGCCUCAGUAUCUGCUCUCCGCGGGCUUCACUCACAUCGCCUGCACUCAGCCGCGGCGCAUCGCCUGCAUUUCCCUCGCGAAGAGGGUCAGCUUUGAGAGUCUCAACCAGUACGGAUCAAAGGUGGGGUACCAGAUCCGCUUCGAGACCACCCGGACCCCGGCCACCAAACUGUUGUUCCUCACUGAGGGGCUGCUGCUCCGGCAGAUCCAGCAGGACAAAACACUGUCUCAGUACCAGGUGUUGAUCGUGGACGAGGUCCACGAGAGGCACCUCCACUGUGACUUCCUUCUCGGGGUGCUGCGCUCCCUGCUGUCUGACCACUCAGAUCUGCGUCUCAUCCUCAUGUCAGCCACCAUCAACAUCAAGCUUUUCUCUGACUAUUUUAAUAGUGCUCCUGUGCUGCAGGUGCCAGGCAGGCUGUUUCCUAUACAGGUGAUAUACCAGCCCAUUCCGACUGAGGAGCAGCCGUCCCGCUCAGAGAAACUGGAUCCCAGACCGUACCUGCGCAUCCUGCAGGGCAUCGAUCAGCGCUACCCUCCCGAGGAGCGUGGCGACCUGCUCCUCUUCCUCAGCGGUGUGGCCGAGAUUUCCGCCAUCCAAGAAGCCUGCCAGAUCUAUGCCACACACACACGGCGCUGGAUCGUCUUGCCGCUGCACAGCACACUCUCACUGGCCCAGCAGGACAAGGUGUUUGACAUCGCUCCUCCUGCAGUCAGGAAGUGCAUCAUCUCUACUAAUAUUGCUGAGACUUCAGUUACAAUAGAUGGAGUACGCUUUGUCGUGGACUCAGGGAAGGUAAAAGAGAUGAGUUUUGAUCCAAAGGCCAAGAUGCAGCGCCUGCAGGAGUUCUGGAUCAGUCGAGCCAGCUCUGAGCAGAGGAAAGGUCGAGCCGGUCGCACAGGUCCAGGAGUGUGUUACCGUCUGUACGCUGAGUCCGAUUAUGAUGCCUUUGCACCGUAUCCGGUGCCUGAAAUCCACAGAGUGGCCCUGGACUCACUCAUUCUUCAGAUGAAGAGCAUGUGUCUUGGAGAUCCACUUUCUUUUGUCUUCAUCGAUCCCCCUCCAGCUGCUAGUAUCCAGACUGCUGUUACUUAUCUCAAAGAGCAGGGAGCACUGGACAGUCGUGCUGAACUGACUUCUAUCGGGAGUUUGCUGGCACAACUGCCUGUGGAUGUGGUCAUAGGGAAGAUGCUGGUGCUGGGCUCUUUGUUUAAGCUGGUGGAUCCCGUGUUGACAGUAGCAGCAGCCCUCAGUGUUCAGUCGCCUUUCCUGCGCAGCGCGCAGCACAACCCAGACUGUGGCACUGCACGCCAGCCCCUGCAAAGCAACCACGGGGACCCCUUUACCCUGCUCAACACCUUCAAUGCCUGGGUGGAGGUGAAAGGAGAGAGAGGUGGUGGCUCAAAGAAGUGGUGCAGGAGGAGAGGCCUGGAGGAGCAGCGUCUGUAUGAGAUGGUCAACCUACGCAGACAGUUCAAGGAGUUGCUGAGGAGCCACGGCCUGCUGGAAUCGGAGAACAGCACCUCCUCUGGCGGUGACCGCGUGCAGCGCAGGCAGAGGCUGACGGAGCGGAGGAAGCUGCAUCAGCUGAAGAGAGAUCACGAGCAGCAGGAGAGUGGCAAACGUAAAGUCCUGAGGAUGGACGAGGGUCAGGACGGCGAGUUCUCCUCAGGUUCAGACACCGAGGGAGCCGGCAAAGGCAAGAAGGACAAGGCGGGAACAGCACAGGACUUGGACAUCCAGGAUGUGAAGUUCAAGUUGCGUCACAACGUGUCGGAGCUGCAGAAUGCGGCCAGCGUCAGUCAGGACAUGUCCUCACGCCAGCAGGCUUUGCUCAAGCUGCUGCUUUGCCGCGGCCUCUACCCUCAGCUGGCACUGCCUGAUGAACACAACUCCACCCGCAAGGACUCGGACCAGGUGUUUCACACAAGGAAUAAGCAGGGAGUGGUGAUCCACCCAACUAGUGUGUUUGCCAGCGACCCAGAGGUGUUACAAGUGCCUGAGGAUGACAGCGGAGAGAUGGGACCUGAUCGACGGGACAGCAGCAGACACCAGCUGCUAGCCUUUGUCACUCUGUUGGAGACCAACAAGCCAUAUUUGUCCAACUGCGUGCGGGUUCCAGCACUGCAAGCUCUGCUGCUGGUAGCAAACUCUGUGGACAGCAACGCUGACUGCACACGUCUGGUGGUGGAUGGCUGGCUGGAGCUGGAGCUCAGGGAGCCAGAGGAGGCCCUAAAGGUGUUCUCCACCGCUCUAACACUCCGAGCUGAGUGGGAGCGCCUCCUGUUGGUCCAGUUGGGACAGAGCACAAUGGGGGGACCUGAAGUCCAGGGGGUGUCCCGCAAAGUCAUGGAGAAGCUGAGCGAGGGCCUGGUCCGCUUCCUGCUCUACACUGAGGUAACUUACAGCCUACGACGACUCACAGCCUUCCAGACCCAGAACCUGUACAUCGGCCCUCGACCUCAGUCUGAUCACCACGAAGCCCCCUGUGUAAACCCGCUGUUUCCAGGAGUCGAGGCCAAGCCGGACCCUAUUAAGGGAGGCCUGCGUGUCACCAACUUCUUCAACUACAACUGUCUGGCUGACUCAAGGGAUCUCUACAGUGAGUGUUUACGCACUUUCUGGAGCUGUCCCAACUGUGACCUCUACAUGCCUCUGACCCCUCUGGAACGAAUGCAGCACGAGGCCUCUUGCAGGCCAGCUGGAGAACAGCGGCAGUCAGAGGAAGAGCCAGAAGGUGGAAAGGCGGUUUCCUCCUCAUUGUCCAGUCUUACCAGAGUUUAUCACUGUGACGUCUGUGAUGAAGACCUGACCCUCACCUCCACGGAGAUCCUCAAACACAAAAGGCAGCAUAUGUAUUCUGCCAAGUAGCCGACUUCCGCAUCUAAAGAACAAUAGCUAUACACAACCUGUGACUGAUGAUGGAUUUGUGUUCAUAUUGAGGGUUUUCUUUAAUUUGUGUCACUGUUUUUGUUCUCAUUUGUACAAGAGUAAUUUUAUUAAAGUGCUAUUACUUUACUCUAAUGAGCACUGGAUGUCUUUUGUUCUAUAGCCCUUUUUAUAGUUAUAUUCUUUUAGGAGAUAUCAACAAUUGAAAAAAAAUAUUCAAAAGCUGGAAGCAAGAGAUCAAAUUCCUUUUUUUUCUCAAAUUCCUUCCAGCAUUGUUGAAUAAUUAUAGAUCACAACUUUCAUCCAGUGUGAUGGAAAAGGCCUGGUAAACAUGCACAUGUGAGAGCGAAGAAGACAAUGAUUUAAAAUAUAGAAUGAGGGUUUAAUAAUGAUACAAACCCACGAUAUGUAACACCUCAAAGCAGCACAUUGGCACAAAGUCUGAAGUAAGACAGCACGGAUAAAAACCUGUCUCAAAAAAAAUAAAGAAUCAGAAUAAAUAUCUCAAUAAAUAAAUAAACAGGUAAUAUCUCAUUAAUUACUUUGAAACUAAUAAAUACGUACAUUUGAAAAUAUGCACAUCGGCAGAAAUCAAUAACCUCAAAAAGUAAAUAGUACUUAACACAGUUACUUAAAAAUCAUAAGUUAUUGAUUACUCAAAUCAAAAGGCACAUUUAUUAAGAUGUAAGAAUGGGGCCUGCAAUCGUGACCACAUGACUGUCAGUACUCUACCCUUCCACCAUUUCUGAACCAGAAGUAGCAAACUGUGUGCAAUGGCUUUACUAGUCCUGUAUAUCUGCACCAUUGAGUGAACGUGUGUGUCUGGGUUCAGUUCUUUCCGUUGCAGAUUUGUGGGGGCCGUGUGUGCGGUUUUGUUUGUUUGUGUGCGGGACAGCGGGUUAAAUUAGGAUCUGGUAGUGGCAGUCUACAGGUCAAGGGUCGUGUUCGAACA